AUGAACCGUCAUACCUAUAUCCCCGAGACUUGGCAGCGGUUUUUAGCCGGCCCGGGGGAGCAGGAAGCCUCCCUGAUUCGCGACUUUGACGCGCCCAGUCAAGCUGCUGGGAUUCCAGCAGCUGACGGGACCCAGCAGCAGUUGUUCAAACAGUCUUUUUCAGGGCUAACUUCCCAAAGUCAUUCGAUCACCACUCUUCGAGACUCCACUCACUUCACUCUUCGCUACUGCCUUCCCUCUGUGACGCCAGCACUCCUGCAGGCCUUCAGCUCCAGCUUCCCUGCAGCCUUCAGCUCAUUCCUGCACCUUCCAGCACUCCUGCACCUUCAGCUUCCAGCUCCAGCUCCUGCAGUUUCCAGCUCAGCUCACCUCACCCUGCGGCGCUUUACUGACGUCCCGCGACCUAUUCCAUCACCCGCUGACGACCUUAUCCAGUGCCCACUGACGUCUAGCGCCCGUUAUCGUCCGGAUCAAACGACCUCUGUCUUUUUUACCAUCCACCGCUUGCAAAUAAAGACACGAUUUCCAUCGUCUACAACGGACCAUCUGCGUUUGUCAUCCUUCUUUGCUAUUGCCAUCUCCUUGCCCUUGUGUCCUUUUUUUAGUUGUACGGUCGAUUGGCACUCACACCUCUCGGCCCGCUGCAACAGUCCGUUUCUUUGA